AACCCUUUCGAUCAUAUGGUGUAUUGAUCAGCAGACGGAGAGACUGAUUCCGGAUUUUUCUCCGGACGUGUGGCCGCGACCUUCGUUCGGACUGCGUCUCGCACCCAGCCGAAAAAAGAAAAACCGAGCCUGAGCCCGGCCGGGUUGACACGAACCUUCCUGAAAUCGAAUUCUCUGGACAAGCAGCGGAGCCCCGGAUUAGUCAUGUGCGGCGGAUUCACUUGUUCCAGAAAUGCCCUCACAGCCUUGAAUAUUAUUUACAUAGUUGUGGCCUUUGUGCUGAUCAGCGUCGCCGUUUACGGCAGGGCCUCGUCCAAGGUUACGGACCUGCCGAUUGUCGGCGGCAUCAUAGCAUGCGGAGUCAUCCUCUUCGUCGUGUCCAUCGUGGGACUGGUCGGUGCCCUCAAGCACCACCAGGUCAUGCUCUUUUUCUACAUGCUCAUCCUUUUCAUGCUGUUCAUUGUCCAAUUCGCCGUGGCCUGCGCCUGCCUGGCUGUCAACACUGAUCAGCAGAAGCAGCUGGCGGAAACUGGCUGGAAGAGUGUUCCUGACUCAGUCAGGUCGGAUGUGCAAGCGACCUUCACGUGCUGCGGAUUUUACAACAGCAGCUCUCCGAAUGCUGUCCCUGACUCACCUGGAAACCUCGGCCAUCCUGCUUGCAAUGUUAAGGAAAACAAGUGCUGCGUGCACGACAAGUGCGAUAAUUGCCAGCCAUGCUUUGGCAAAGUUGAGGCCAACAUCAACAAAGCCUUCAAGACCUGCGGCACCAUCGGCCUUGUUUUCAGUUUCACUGAGUUCUUGGGUGUCUGGCUAACUGUCCGAUAUAGAAACCAAAAAGAUCCUCGAGUCAUCUCUAGUGCUUUUCUAUAGUAGGAGAGGUGCGGGAGAAGUUGGAGUUGGUGGCCAUCUUCGUCGCGUGGCGAUACAGAAACCAGAGUAGAGGCCGACUACUUGAGACUGCAAGCACUCCCAUCUUCUCCCCAUACAGGAUGCACCACCGAACAGACUACGUAAUGUGACACUCUCACUGAUCUCGCCUUGCCACAAUGCGCGCGUUUCCUCAUUUUGCGGCAACUGAAUUUGACAAAAAGAGUAAAAGAAAGACUAUAAUUUGAAUAAUCAACAUGAUGAGCUACUUAACCAGCGCUGGGUAGACUGCGUAGCGUAUUACACGGUUAGUUUGUAGUAGUGCUACCAUGUGAUAAUGUCUGUCUAUUUUGUGUAGAGAUAAUUUGCUUUGUGUCAUCAUGGCGGACGAAACUGGCUCAUUUUCUCUUUACUGUGAAAAUCAAAAAAGCUUCAAGACCCGUUAGUUAUUUUUUAACUGUAAGCUCGGAUGCAUAGGAAGGAUUUACUAAUUUCCAAAGAUUUUGUUUAGUAUGUUGUACUUCCUGCUUUCAUCGUGCCAGUGAGGGUCCAAAUUCUAUACUGUUUAAUUUUUAUUUGCAACCAAACUCUAGUGCUCUCUUAUUAUUAUAGCUUAGUAAGCAUUACAAGGAGAAUAAGUCUCUUAAAUCCAGUGUAUUUUUUUAAUUACCUCUUUCCUCGAUGUAAAGGAGCUUGAAAGGAGAAGUGCAAAAAAUAUUCCAACCUCUAAAAGCCUACUAACCAGUGUUUACAAGGACACUCGAUGGAAUUGGCGUUUUAAUUUUUGGCGAAAUUAUUGAACUCGUGUAGUAUCCAACUAGUUACGCCAGUUUUUAUUCAACCGAGGUGAUAUUUUUAGGUUGACUCUUCCUGACAUGAUAAAUCGUUUUUAUUUUCCGGAAAGUCCCUAGAUUUUAGAAUUUCUUAGGGAAAUGUAUAAAUAGCUCACGGUUCAAGACGAUGUUUUCAAAUAUCCUGAGCUGACUACCAGGUCAUGUAGUUCCAUUUUUGUUAUUAGGGAAAAUACUUUUUUUAUUUUACUGUUUUAAGUAACUUAAUUUUUCCCGAAAUUAAAAUUACGCAAGAAAAACUGGAGAUUCCAUUACCUUCCAGAAUAUGUUAGGGAUUUGGCUCUUCGGUAAGUCAUUGUAAAAACUUACAGAACGGGGAAAAUAUUUUUAAAUCAAUUUUAGGCCAUUUUCUAAAAUAAUUUAUUGCUAAAUUCGUUGAAUUGAAAUUGUUCCACCCCUGUACAUGGCUCACAUGAGGAAAUUCUACACGAAUUCAAUGGUUAUCCAAGAAGUAAACAAAAACCUUACUUAAAUACAAAGUACAAUGUGAGAUUUUCAAAUUCUAAAAAUUUGAUUGUAUGUCAAUUCGAAUUCAUUCCAUUGUCUGCUGGUUAGUUUCAAAUGGCAUCGCUUAUUUAUAAUACACACAAUUCACAUACAGUUUUAAAAAAGGAUGUUGUAGAUUAGCGCUGUGCUUGUACCAACUGAUGGACAUAACCCUAUCUAAAUGUGCAAUCUACACAUAAAUAAAUAUAAAUAAAGAGAUAUAAUGAUGUGUGCUAAA